AUGUCGUACGGCUUUCUAAACAAGCAGGGAGCCGCCAGUGCCGGCUCGUCGUCAGCAGACACACCUAUUGUAUGUGAAACGUGUCUUGGUCCCAAUCCGUACGUGCGAAUGUCCAAACACCAUCUAGGGAAAGAAUGCAAAGUGUGUGGCAGGCCAUGCACCGUCUUUCGGUGGAAUCCCGGUAGUGGUAUGCGUUUCAAGACCACAGAAAUUUGCACCACAUGUGCCAAGAUUCGUCAUGUGUGCCAAUCAUGCAUUCUCGAUCUGGACUACCAUUUGCCGACGCAGGUGCGCGAUGCUGCCCUUGGGACGUCGGUCAAGAUACCCAUGUCUGACAUCAACCGCCAGUAUUUUGUAAAUCGUAUGGAUGCAUUGCUGGACGGUGCAUCACCUGAAGCUACAAAAGAGCUUGUGGGACCAUCGCGGGCAGGUCAUGAGGUCCUGAAGAAGCUCGCACGUCCCGAACCUGAUUACCAGCAAUUGCGACCGGUCGUGUGCUCUUUUUAUGCGCGUGGUAACUGUGCUCGGGGCCAAGCAUGUCCCUAUAAGCACGAGAAUGCCUCGUCCCUGACACCUGCUCCACCAUCUGUGCCUCAUCACGCGCCAGGGCACGUCGAUAUGCCUGUCCUGAAAAAGGCUGCUGGUGCCAAGGCUUUGACAGCGCCUCCGGAUGAGCGCAUUCGCACCCUUUUUUUCGCAGGCUUGCCACAUAAUAUAAACCAGGAUGAACUACAUACUCUGCUGACUACAACUAUGCCCGCCCUCAACAAGCAAAAGGCACUCGCAAGCAUCCAACUCGUCACAUCGUCACACUGUGCUUUUGUUCACUUCAACACGCGACGGGAUGCGGAAAAUAUGGCGACGCUACUCGCCAACAAAGUCAUUCUGCAGGAUCAUCCCAUUCGGGUAGCUUGGGGCCGGCGGCCUCCGCCGUCAGAUACAUAG